CCGCGCAGUGGGCCAUCCGGUUCCCACAUUGUUAGCCCGUAUUUUUUGUCUGGGCUAGUUUUAUUGCCUUCUACCUAACUUUAUUCCAACCGCCACUUUGGAAUGGAACCUCCUCCCCGCACCUCGGUUUUCCUCUCCUCGCCCCAGCAAAUUCUGGCAGUGACUGAAGCCUUUCCACACCUUGUUCCUUUAUCCUCACACCUGCAGCCUGGUCUUGAGCCUGUGGGGAGAGUGGAAGGACCUAGGCCUACUGGCUCGGGUGCAGCGGGAAGGUGGCGGUUGCCUUUAUCCCGGUGCCUUUAGGCGUCAGCAGAGGAGAGCAAGGAUGGCGAGGCCCCAUCGAGAUGGUUUUUCCAUUCCCCGGCUAAAAUGUUCGCUAAACAUUUAUCAUUUUGGCGUUUAAAGUAUGUCAUCAUGGCAAAGUUUCGAAGAAGGACUUGCAUCAUUUUGUCACUUUUUAUUCUAUUUAUUUUUUCUGUGAUGAUGGGUUUAAAAAUGCUGAGACCAAAUAAAGCUGCUUUUGGAGUUCCCUUUGGACUUGACCUUCUUCCAGAAGUUCAUCAGCGACCUCCUCACUUGGGGAAAAUUUUUGAUUCCCAAAUGAGUGACAAAAUCAACAGUGAAACAAAUAUCAAGAAUUUAAAAAGAGUUGAAAUCACUGUGAAACCUUCCAAAGCCUCUGAACCUUACGUGGAAGAUCUGCCACCUCUGAAUUAUUAUUUACAUGUAUUUUAUUACAGUUGGUAUGGAAAUCCACAAUUUGAUGGUAAAUACAUACACUGGAACCAUUCAGUUCUGAAGCAUUGGGACCCUAGAAUAAACAAGAAUAAUCCACAAGGGAAACACAAUCCCCCAGAUGACAUUGGCUCCAGCUUUUACCCUGAGUUAGGGACUUACAGCUCUCGGGAUCCUGCUGUCAUCGAGACUCACAUGAAGCAAAUAUACUCAGCUUCAAUUGGUGUACUAGCUCUAUCUUGGUAUCCACCCGGGUCACAUGAUGAGAAUGGAAUACCUACUGACGACUUGGUACCAACUAUUUUGGAUAAAGCUCAUAAAUAUAAUCUAAAGGUCACUUUUCACAUCGAACCAUAUAGCAAUCGAGAUGAUCAAAACAUGUAUGAAAAUGUCAAAUAUAUUAUAGACAAGUAUGGCAAUCAUCCGGCCUUUUACAGGUACAAGACUAAGAGUGGCAACUCUCUUCCUAUGUUUUACAUCUAUGAUUCCUAUAUUACAAAGCCUGAACAGUGGGCCAAUCUGUUAACCAUCUCAGGGCCUUGGAGCAUUCGCAAUUCUCCUUAUGAUGCAUUGUUUAUUGCACUUCUGGUAGAAGACAAACAUAAAUAUGAUAUCCUUCAAAGUGGUUUUAAUGGAAUUUACACAUAUUUUGCUACAAAUGGCUUUACUUAUGGCUCAUCAUAUGAGAACUGGGGUAGGUUAAAAUUAUUUUGUGAUCACUUCCAGCUAAUAUUUAUCCCAAGUGUGGGCCCAGGAUACAUAGAUACCAGCAUCCGUCCAUGGAACACCCAGAACACUCGGAACCGAGUCAAUGGGAAGUAUUAUGAAACGGCCCUGAGUGCUGCACUCCAAGCCCACCCCAGUGUAAUUUCCAUCACUUCUUUUAAUGAGUGGCAUGAAGGAACUCAGAUUGAAAAAGCUGUUCCCAAAAGAACCAGUAACACAGUGUACCUGGAUUACUGGCCUCAUAAACCAAGUCAUUAUCUAGAACUAACUCGCAAGUGGUCUGAAAAAUACAGUAAGGAAAGAACAACUUAUGCGUUAGAAAACCAGUCGCCUGUUUCCUAAUGCAUUAACAUUUAAUAAUUAUAGACAUCUCCUCAUUUCAAUAAAUGCCUUUGGUUUGUGGUACGGAAAGAAAACUGUCGAAAUCAGUUUGCAUUGUUACUAUUAUCUUUUAUGAAAAUGACUUGUACUUUUUCACAGAUAAUAAUGGUAUCAUUGCUACCCUUCACAAUGUUGCACAGAAAAUACCUGAGAGAAACUGCAAAAACAUUCCCUGUGCCAUCAUCUGCUAAUUUUCUGACCAACAGUGAAAUCCUGCUUUCAUAGCAAUUUAAUUUUUAUUCACAAUGGAUAAGUGCUUGUUACCUAGAGUAGUUAGCACACAGUUAAACCCUACUUGUAUUCUGGCCCAAACACACAGAAUUGUGUGUUUUCCAUACA